UUUUCAGUCAGAGACGUCUCUUUUGCUUUGCUGCUAGUUGGAGUGAAAAAGGGAAAAAAGGUGUAUAAAUUUCUAGAACAGUGAAUAUUUUUCAUUAAAAUCCUGUCCAAAUAGCUUGAGAAGCUAUUUUUCAUUAUGUCGCUGUUCGGAAUGUUGGGAGAUUUAGAAGAUGAUCCAAUUUUCGGGCAUCAAAUGCGUGCUAUGCGCCAAAUGAACAACAUGAUGAACUCGCUGAUUACUAAUCCGUUCGGAAUGUUCGGUGCCUUGGAUAGCAUUGCUGGACCAUCAUUGGUUGCUCCUCGUGGCGGUUUAUCGUUGAUGCCACACAUGGGGCCAAAUAUGCAAAUGAACCGGCUCCUAAACAACAAUGAUGGAACCAUGUACAGUUCUAGCAGUGUAUUCUCAAUGACUUCCGGGCCCGAUGGACCGCAGGUCUAUCAAGCUACAUCCAGUACCCGUGCUGGACCAGGAGGUAUCAAAGAAACUCGCAAAACCGUUCAAGACAGUCGAAGCGGAACUAAGAAAAUGGCCAUUGGUCAUCACAUUGGCGAACGGGCGCAUAUUAUCGAGAGGGAGCAAAAUGUUCACACCGGUACGCAGGAGGAACGCCAAGAUUACAUCAAUUUGGACGAUGAUGAUGCGGAGGAGUUUGAUCGCGAAUUUCAAACCAAAGCACGUAGCACUCUGCAUCUUGCAAGUGGACGUCGACCGGCUCUUCAGAUAGAAGAAAUACCCUCCGGCCAAGCCAACCCGGCGCAUAUCCGUGCUAUUGCAAACACACCGUACAAUGUGACUAUGCCGUCCGACAGCAGCAGUGGCCAGUACCAGCGUAAUUCGGCCUCGCCGUCCUCGCCAUCAUCGUCGCCAGGUGCUGUUAAUCGCAAGAGGAUUACGGGUGCUCCUGCUGUGCCAACUGUGACGCCACGCAGAGCGAUACGAUCUCCGGCUUCGUCCCCGCUAGCGAUGCCACCAUCAUCAACAGGCACCGGUCACAUUACGACAAGCGUCCACCCACACCCUUACAACAUGGCUGGAAGGAAGCAUCGUUCCAUCAAGGGACCGUCCUCUUCUCCUUACCAUCAAUAGGCAAAAAAUCUCGACAGAGAAGUUAUAAAUAUUUGACACGCGAGCAAAAGUCUAUCCCCGCAAAUUUGACAUUUUUAGCUGUAUCAAUUCGUGCUAUGGUAAAACUAGUUCCAUUGAAUGACAAACAACCGCCAUUGCUCAAUGCAAUCACAUUCAUUGGUGGCUGUAUACUAAGUACAUCGUAAACAAUCCCGCGGCUUGCUGAAUCCUAAAAAGAUACCAAGAUUACAAUUAAUAAUCCGAAUCAUACGACUGCUUAUCUUCUUUCUUCUUAUUAGGAUUAGUUAAUACGUUCUAUAUUCCUCGAGAAGCGUCAGGAUUAGGAAGUACACGAUAAUAUUUUAAGUCUUUAAAUCGUAAACUUAUGUAUGCGUUCAAGAUGUUCUAUAUUAUUGAAGUUGUUUUUAACAAUCAUAGUGAAUAAUAGUUCUUUUUCAGAUGAGUAAUAAUAAAUAGCCUAAGAAUAAAUACCAAA